AUGCCGCUGCGGCUCUGGCUUUUUGCAACAAGCCUCACUUUUGUGCUGGCAAUUUUUUUAUUUCGUUGCGGUGCGGCGAUGAUGGUGAGCCUUCAAUCGGUCCUUCGCUCCUUCCCGCCUCCUGAUGUGAAUUAUCCUUCUGGAUCCCUGGAGGAAGUCCUCAAACGUGGCACGUCGUCUCAACGAGAUGCACUCCCUGAGGAAGGCCUGCACUACAACCUCGACAACCCGGGCAGUUGGGGACAUCCUUUCUUGUGCCGCCGGCCCUGCGUCUAUGUCUCCAAGAGUGCUGCGUGCCGCAAUGCAGGUUGCCAGUUCUGCCACCACACGGACCACAGGCGCAUCUCCAAGCCGGACCGAAGCCAGCGCUUUCUCCUUCAGCGGUUUGCGCCCGAGCAGCUCGUCGACCUCCUUCUGCCACACAUCCGUGCCAAGCUACGAGAGGUGGGAGUGGAAGCGGAGGCUGAAGAACUUCUUGCAUUGCUCGAGGCAAAGAAGGCAGAAACUCCGUCGGUGCUGCCAUGCAAGGAGCGUUAUAACCUCAGUCGCCGUCUUCAGCGCAUGACCGUGACCUCGUUGAUCAGCAUCAUCGGAAUUCCUGAAGUCGAUGAAGCAUUCGAGCAAGUUCGCAUGGACGUCAGGCGGCUG